UCGAGGAAAGGGAAGAAACGAGGGGUAAAAAAGCCGGGGCUUGAACUUGUUCCGUUCGGUUCGGUUUUGAGGAGGAUUCCGAUACUCGGAGAGCAGGAAGGAAGGAAGGGGCGCUAAUUUUUUGACAAAAGCGUAGGUUUCUCCAAGUAACUCACCAGUCAGGCUUUGACCGCCAAUCCCCGUGCAAAUGCGUUGACUAUUUUUCUACUUCACCUACUUUUGUACAAGAAGAUUCGUCGUCUCCAAGACAGAAAAAAAGAACCACCCGUUUCUCUUUUUAUACAUCACAAUUCAACUUGAUUGAUUCAUUUUGCUUGGCUCCAAGAGUGCUUCUCUCAUCAUGGCAACGACCACCAACGACCAAAUUCAGCUCCUCCACAACCACCAACAUAACCAGAACACUGAAUACUACUUCCAUCGACAACACGAGCAAUAUUUCCAUCACAACAAUAACAACAACCACCAGAACAAUUGCGACAACAACGAAAUCAAUGGACAGUUCCAUGUUUUGGGUGAUGUGGUUUUUGGCAGUCUCAUGGUGGAUGCUAAUUCAUCCACACCCUACACCGAUGCCACUCAAGUUAGCCAAGCUCAGACGAAGAAACAUCCACCCAAUCAUAUCAAGCGUCCCAUGAAUGCUUUCAUGGUUUGGUCUCAGAUCGAAAGAAGAAAGAUCAUCGAGAUCCAGCCUGACAUUCACAACGCCGAGAUCUCCAAGAACUUGGGCAAGAAAUGGAAACGACUCACGGACGAGGAGAGACAGCCUUUCAUUUUGGAGGCCGAGAGGUUGAGGCUGUUGCACAUGCAAGAAUACCCGGACUACAAGUACCGUCCUCGCAAGCGGAAUCGGACCAAUCCGGCCGCCGUCAUUCAAGAUCCCGAUCAGAUCUUGGCCAAGAAAGAGGAUCCUCUUAGGUGUCAUGCGUCUUGGAACGGGCACAAGAUCAAAUAUGGAACCCAUCGGGUGGUGGACUCGGACAAUCGACUCCGAGUUCGGCUCACCAUCGAUUCCCAAUUCAAGUCGGCAUUGAAGAAUUCUCAGCAAUUCGUGGCAUUGCAGCCUGCAUCAUCGCCAGCUCAUGUUCCAUCUAGUCCGUCGUCCAGUCCCAGUUCGCCCGAGUCCCACUCGCUGUAUGAGGAGCCCAAGUUUCUGGUCAAUAUGGGUUAUCCCACCGUUUCGGUCUCGAACCCAAGUUCCCCGGCCUCGCCGACCUCGUUCUUUGCCGAGGACCAACCCCAUGCCAGAGUCAAUAUGGUCACGUCCACCCCCGUCAAGACUGAGUACAUUCAAUUGCAACAAGCCCUGCCGGCUGGAGACACGCCAGCCUCGCUGGAUGACCUCGAUGGCCUUACCGACCUCCUUCAACCGCAAAUGACCUCAAAUCUCAACCAAACAACUGCCGCCAUGACCAAUCCGAGCGGGGAUGUCAGUUUCAACACGUCCUACACUGAAUUGACCUCGCCCAGUUUGUCCUCGACUUGCUCCAGCACAUCCUCCUCCGCUUCUUCUGCAAUGAAUUUGUCAUCUAAUGACACGAACCACUCAUAUUCAAAUCCGUCGUUCCAAUUUGCGAAUGACUUGGCCGAGUUCCUCCAUGACUAUGAUCCCAAAUACGAAUCUUGGGUGGACAACUCAUUUGUACUUUAAGCACUGCCCAUCCCUUCUCAUUCUCGUUCGGAUCCCGUUUUAAACGUAUCUUUGCAUCUUACCGCGUAAUUCAAAAUUACUGAAAACACACCAAAACCAACGCUAAACUUCAGCAACGCCGCCUUUCAUCAAAUCUUAAACUCAAACACACGAGCGAAACCGCCGCAUUAUUUUUUAUGGUCGCCAUAUUUUUGUGGGCAAUUCCUUUCUGACGAUUUUUUGUAUUCACGAACUGAAAGCAAAGACGGCAAACAACCAUGAGUCAAUCUCGUAACAUAAUGAUGCACAAUGAACAUACGAAUCAAAUUUAACCCUUCAAUGGAAAGCGACUUAUUUUUACGGUCGAAAUCGAGAGUCUUUCUUCAACAGUCUUUUGUUCGCAAAUACGUACUUGAUAUGAUUAUGGAGCAGAUAUCUUCAAGGGCUACGAAUAAUGAUUGCCAUAAAUAAUUUCCCAUUUUCUGAUCAUUGUUCUCUAGGACUAUAUUAUUUCCAAUUUUAUAUAUAAGAUGAGAAUAGCGUUCUAUUACUUGCGUUUUUAUUGCUAGAUUUAUUAUGAUCAUUGUAAAAAGAAUAUUCUUACUACAUUAUUACAUUAUGAACAUCAAUAUCAUUAUUACAACGUCUUCUAUCUUACUUCUCGAAAUACAAAUACUCUUUUUU